AUGCAUUUUCCAGCGCUCGCUGUGGCGGGCUGCCUGCUCUCCCGUGCCACUGCGCAAUCACUGGAUCAAGUGCUUGCAAAGCGGGACUCAUUCUCACUGCUACGCGAUCUUCUUCAUCAGCAUGGCCUGGUCGAUGAACUGGAAUUCACGGCCAAUGCCACGUUUUUCGCGAUGACGAAUCAGGCACUGCGCAGCCUGGCCGACUUUGGCAUCAACCUUACGACCGCUGACCCCAACAUCGCUCGAGCGAUCUUCAAGUAUGCACAACUGGAUGCCAUCUACACAACCGACACGGUCAAGGCAUUGCACCACGAAGCAAAGGUUGUGCAGACAGCUCUGCAGCCACACCUGUUCAACAAUUUGACGAGAGGUCAAGCUGCGAAGCUGAGAAGCAAUCGAACAGGCGGAGCGAAUGGUAUCCUGGUCGAAUCCGGAUUGGGUGUCUUGACGCCCGUCGUGGAAGCAGACAUUCCCUACGAUCACGGCGUCAUUCACGCUAUCGACGCGAACAUGGUCCUGCCUCACAACAUUUCUGAGACUGCAAGGCUCGGCGGCAUGACUGAAUUCUUGAAUCUGUUGGAACGAUCCGACAGCGUUGCUAGACUGGAGAGCUUGUCGGAUGUCACGAUCUUCAUUCCGCAAGACGAAGCACUCGCCAAGCUGCAGCCUAUUCUGGAUAUGCUUACAUCGGAGCAGCUGAAGUCUGUGGUGGCUCAGCAUGCCGUGCCGAAUCGAGUGCUGUAUCAGAGUCUCUUUGAUGGCGUGGAGACUUUGGAAACUUUGGAUGGCAGCACGUUGCGUAUUCGUCGUGGAAAGAGAGGCGAGAUCUUUGUUAAUGGUGCUGAAGUCGUUCGCACUGAUCUGUUGCUAUAUGGGGGAGUGGCACAUUUGAUUGAUGGGGCUCUUUUGCCCGAGAAAGAUGCGUCCUGCUCGACCGGUUUAUUCGCCGCAGCAGCUGGUGGAUCGAGUCGAGUCUGGAAAAUCCUCGCGAGCCACCAGCUUACGCUGCUGGCAGUGCUCGCAAUGGCUCUGGUGUCCAUACUGUACAAGGCUUACCAGUCACGGAAACAGAGUCAUCAGCUGAUCAGACCGAGCGAUGGUCUUGGCAAUUAUGAGAAGGUGUAG